CUUCUUAGUCAGAGCUAGAGUAGACACUGACAUAUAUAUUACGUGUGCUACUCUGGCAGAUCCAUGAGGCAAAACAAUCAUCCGCCACGCUCCCUCCUAACAUCGGAGAGGUCCAGUUCUUCGAGUAGGAGCAGUACAUCAUCUUCCGUAAGUUCUAACGACAGAAAAUCCAGGAGUAGAAUGAAGUGUUUAAUAUCUCUAGGACUGAUACUUCCUGCACUUGCAGCAGUCAUAGGUGUUGUGGCUUGGGCCGUUAGUGCAGAAGCAGUUUGGGGACCAAAUAAACAUGCAAGCAAGUUACAAGGUCCUUACGAACUACAGAAUGGCAGAGGAGGAUACGAAAUUCCUGUUUUAGAAGAAAGAAGCGAUGCCGAUUUUCAUCCAAAAUCAGUCUUAACUGUAUCGGUACCGGAUGGGGAUGAACAAGCUCGUGUUAUUUCUCGUGAUGAUCCUGAUAAUUCAGUACCGCCAGGAUUAAAUAAUGAGCCUAUACCUGCACAACCGGAUAAGGAUGCAGCAGAUUCUAAAGAUCCCCUUUAUUAUGUUCACUUUGUACCCACUAAGGAUUCUGCCGUUACUUCUUCUACUCCCACAUCAACUUCUGUCUCCGAUUUGCUAUCUAAAAUAAUUUCAACUUCGGGAUCAAAAGGAAAAGGAGCCCCUCAGUUUGUAGUUUUUGCACCCAUGCCCGAUGGCCUAGGUCCUGCUAAAAAUGCAAAACCCAGAAAGAAAGUCAGAUACGACGAUGAAGAAGAAGAAGAGGAAGAAGUAGAGCGCAAAAUUCCCAGAAAGAGAACCAAAAUUCGUAACUCAGAUGCCGAUUUCAUCCACGCAUCUGAAACGAGCCGUUCGAGUCCUCAAAGAAAUGGAGAACCCACAUAUACUAAUCAGCAAGGAAAUCAACAAUAUUAUCCGCCGCAACCUGCUCAAGGUUCUUCAUCUCAAAGAACCUAUGUUAAGCAGUACACCCAAGAUGCUCAGCAACAAUACGCUCGUUACAAUGAGCAACAAGGUACUGCACAAUCUCAGCAGCCUCAGCCACCACCAUAUAGCAGCAAUGCAGGAAGCGAAGCCCAAGCCUCUGGUGAUUCAGAUCGUUUAGGAUUAAUUAGUGGAGGUGUGGGUCCUGGUAAAGGAUUAAGUGUAUCUAUAGGAGGAGGUCACGGUAUACCUUUUGGACCUCUAGGACUUCUCAAGAAUAUAUUUUUCCCUAUUUUACCUAAACCCAGAGUUAACUUAAACGGUAAAGUAGUUUUCGGAGUGGUUCUCGAAAAAGGAGUUGGUUUCGGAGGAGGCAAGCCCGCAGUGGUCUACCGAAAAUGAAGUUUUUAUUAAACUCAGAGUUUAUUAUUUAUAUAAAAUGCAGAACUCGUGCUUUCCUUCGCCAGUGAGUUGAAAAUAUUUUAUUUAAUUUUUGACCAUUUUACAUAUAUUAAUAUAUUAAAAACACUAAAAAAAAUUGUGAUCACUAGGAAGGAAAGCAGAAAUUUGUUUGAAAGUUCACUGUUGUGUCUUAGCAUUAUAUAUUUAUGAAACACUUAAAAUGAAGAAAAAGAACUUGAUUUUAGAUGUUACUGUACAGCUAGCUAAGACAAAGGCCAGAAGAAACGUUGAUUUUAGGAUAUUUUUGUACAUGCAAUAAUUUUUGUAUCUUUAUAUAUAAUAUAUAUAUACACAUAUAUUAUCGUUGUAUUUAUCAUGAAUAUUA